UGGGGGCCACUGGGGAUGGGGGGAAGGGAAAGAAGGAGGGAAGAUGUCUGGUCUCACCUGCCCCAUCCUAGUAGUGGUGAAGACCAAGGCCUCCAAAGUUGGGCGCUCAUCCUCCAGGGUGGUGGCACCUCCUGACUCCAGAGGAGGCCUCAAGCCUCAUCCUGCCCUGUGUGUGUUGGGGGUGGGAAGGGAGAACUGGGGCAUGGUACUCACAGAUUUAGGCACCCAUGAUUUAAAGGCACAGACCUGCCCAGAUUUUAAUCUUGGAGUUUUAGAAUGGUGAAUCUGGAUCUCCUCAGGUUACAAACGCAGAAACAGACUCAGGCAAGGGCAGUUCCUCCUCUAGGGCCACACUGGUUAAAUGGGCCUGGAACCCCUGUAAACAGAUUCUCCAUCACUGUUCUGCCCUCAAGUCCUCAAAGAAUGUCAGAAAUCAGGACUUGAACACCUCUUAAGUGUAGGACUGUGCUGAAUGUUGGAGAUGCGACAACUGCUCUCAAGAGCUUUUGAUCACACAGGUAAGUAUGCUAUAGGAGAACACAUAAAUGCUGGAAGAUGACGGAUUUGCCUCGAAACUCUGUGCAAAACUUUAUAAGGUGCUCCCCUCCCUUAAGGGGACCCUUGCCUGAGGCCCAGCAGUGGAUGUAUGGUGAAGAGAUCAAAACUGGAAAGGCCAGGGAAGUGAGGGGGAACAGGGCUGCCUGUGGGUACACCCCAAACACCCCUCCCAGGAACUUCCAAAGGCUUCAGCCUGGAAAUUGGGCCUCUGCUGCCCUCUAAUGGAGUAAAGGUAGCCCCUGGAACCACCUGCUGGGGCCCCACCAACCUAGCUCCCCUAAAGAAAAGGCGACAUGAAAGACCUUCCUGCCCUAGACUUUUUAUUUCCAGAGUCCUGAGAUUCAUUUCCUAUAGCCUCCAACCUAAGCUUUCUCUCCUUCCAAGCACCCCUGGCUGCCCAGGUUCCUUUGUUACCUAGGUUUCGAUUCUGAUACCCUGGGUUCUUGGCCCUGCCAGAGUUCUGGUUCCGGAAGGCCCUUGCCAGGUACCUUGGGCCUAGCUCCCACCUGGGCGCAAGGUGGCGCUGAAGACAUGGGCAAGCCUGUCUCCCAUAGCCUGGGGCAAUUGGACAUCCGCAAAAGUGUAGUGGGCCUGGCCACGGGUGCUGGGGCCAUCUACCUGCUCUACAAGGCCAUCAGGGCAGGCAUAAAAUCCCAACCGCCCCUCAGCACCACCUCGCCCAUCUGCAUUGCUCGUGAGUGUCUGGGCUCAGGGGGGAGGGCUCUGCCCCAGGAGGCACCUGCUCCCGAUGCCUCCAGUUUGGGAGGGCCCAACGGCCUGGCGAUCGAGCGAGAGCGGCAUGGGCGGUACUCGGGUGAGCUCCGGAGGCUUCUCAACUCUCUGGAUUACAAACAGGAUGAGUACACCAAGAGCAUGAUCCUGCACAGCAUCACCCGCUGUGUGUACUUGCUGGAGGCUGAGGCCUCUGCUUGUACUGCUGAGGACAUUGUGUUGGUGGGCUCCAUGCUGGAUGACAAGGACAGCAGUGUCAAAAUUCAAGCUCUGAACACACUUAAAGCUUUCUCUGGCAUCAGGAAAUUCAAGCUCAAAAUCCAGGAACACUCCAUCAAGGUGCUGGAACUGAUAUCUACCAUCUGGGACUCAGAGCUGCACAUUGCAAGCCUCAGGCUCCUCAAUAACCUUCCACUGCCUGACUUCGCACAUCCACAGCUGCGACGGGUGAUGCCUGCCUUGAUAGAGAUUCUUCAGUCAGACUAUAUCCUGGCACAGGUGCAAGCCAUUCGAUUGCUGAGCUCCCUGGCCCAGAAGAAUGACCUCCUCUAUGACAUUCUCAACUGCAAGGUGCACUCCAACUUCCUGAACCUGUUCCAGGCCACACAACCGGGGAGUCUGCUGUUCGAGGUGCUGGUGUUCGCCGAGCGGCUGAGUGAGGGCCGGAAUACACCGCACUACCGUGCCGUGAAAUGGCAUUACAAUGAGGAGUCUCUGCAUGAAGCUCUCUUUGGGGAUGAGUCACACCUGGCAGACCGACUGCUGGCCCUGGUCAUCCACCCUGAUGAGGAGGUUCAGAUCCAGGCCUGCAAGGUCAUCGUCAGCCUGCAGUGCUCCAAGGACGUGGGAUUGCGGCCCUCCUCCUGCCCAAGCCAGUCAUUCCUACAUUAAUUAAUAAUGGGGAAUAAAAUUAAGGAGAGCCAAUAAAUGAGUAUGGGAGAAAA